UAAAAGUGUAGAUAGGUAUGCCCAAAUAUCACAAUAGAAGUUAUUCAAUGAUUGUUAAUUUAAAAUUUAAAGACCAAUUAAUUGUAGAUGUUGCAUUGCAUAGGGAAACUCGGCUUAUAGACACCUUUCUUCUGACUCUGAAAGUGUUCAGGUAUAAAUAUGAAUGAAAAAUUGGUAUAAUACUUACCUGAACUCCUUAUUGUUUGGUUUAUUAAUACUUACUAGAUAUUCGUUUUUGACCAAACCGACAAGAGUAAAAAUGUGUUCACUCCUCGGUUAAUUCUUAGCCUUCAUAUUAUUAGCAUAACGGAUAAUGAAAUUACUAUUGACCAGUUGCCCUACUUAGACAAUAGUCUAUUAAAAGAAUUAAUUCCUCAAAUGGGCCCCAGACUUACAGUUCUGCGAGAAAUUGAAAAACUUAAAGAGAAAAAUGACUCUCUGAAUCAUCGCGAAUGUAGUGCUUCAACUGUAACAGAAACAUCAGAAUUGAAUCAAUCCCUUGAUCAGUCUUGUGACAAUAAUGAUAACAUUACUACUGAUGAAAGUAGUCACCAGUCUAAUGUACAAGUAACGGCGGAAACUCCUGUCAUAAUAUAUGAAAAUGAUGAUUUCCUGAAACUGCUCCUUAAGCCUAGAUUUGAGGAUUUUGACCUUAAGACAUUAUUAUUGACAUCCCCAUUAGGAAAAAGUAUACUAAAUUAUUAUAAAAUUAAUAAUAAAUUGGACAAUAUUAGAAGGAACAGACUAGUGUCAAUCAUUGUAAAACAUUUAUACAACCACAUAGUUAAAAAUCGACUUCAACAAGAUGAGUACAAUUCUUUGGCUGCUAAAAUAGUGCUGCUUUUUCCAACAGAGCCAAUGGGAGUGUAUUACUGUCCCCCUGUGAAAAAAGCAUGUAGUCCAUUUCACAAGCCAGUUAUGGCUAAGGGCAAACUGGUGAAUCACUGCAGAAAUAUUUUAUUUAGAUCUGGUGAUACCCAAAAACAAAGGAAAAGGGCACAUGAAGAUGAAGACGAAGAAUCUUUUGGUAUUGUCCCGAAACAAAAAGAAGAUAAUUUAGAAGAUACAUUUAAAGAAGAAAUUGCAUGGCUGCAACAUAAUACCGAGCCAUGGAAUAAAGUAAUGGAAUAUUGGACUCGAACCUGGGAAGUUCGAUCCACAUCAUGUGACAUGUCACCCUCAGUGUCGCAAUACCUUGAAAAAUGACCUAUUUUAAAUGAUUUAAGAGCUUCUGUUUUGAUUAAUUUAGACUUUGAAAAAAAAUUCCCUUCUUCUCAUGUGGCGUUUCAUCUAAAUUGGGAAAAGUUUUUUAACAAAGUCAUUUCCUAUAAAGAAAACGAAGUUUCUGAUACAACAGCGCUGUCACUACUAAAGAAUUUAAGAAACUUAAAAGAUGAAGAUGAAAAGUUGCCUUUGGAGUUGACCAUUUUGAGCUAUUUAUUUCCCCCGUCUGGAAGAAUCCGUACUACAAAAAGUGGACACUGGAAAUUUUCUCUACUAGAAAGUAUCGAGGGAAUGAUGUACUGAAUCGUACAUGUAAAGAAUCCUGGGGAUAUUGACAAAUGCAUUCAGGAAAAAAUCGAAAAGUCAUUCGAAAAGAAGCAAACAGUGCAACCUUACUUACUUAUUGAUGGCGAUAACCUAGAAACAAUAAGAACUGCAUAUAUAGUUAUAGAUCGCUUAAAAUACCAGUUUAUUUCAGUAAGUGAGGCGUUCGAUGUUCUUUUUAAAUGUUACCAUGUAAUGCACAUUAACUAUGCCCCACAAAACCAGCACAUAUGGCAAUUAAUUCAAAUUUGUGUCUAUAAAAUAAGAACCGAGUAUGAUAAGGUAUUUCCCAACUUAUUGGAUAUACUUGCACAAUUUGAUUAAUUUUUCUUUUUAUACAGCAAUGCCUUUGUUCCCGAAUUUUGAUUUUUAAAAAAGUUUUU